AAUGUCCACCUCUUAGCGAUCCCGAACAUGGUACAGUACAGUUGAGCUCAGAACAAAGGUUUGUAAAUGAUACGGCAGUUUACAGCUGUCAUUCCGGCUAUGACCUAAAUAUGGAUAAAAAGAUUCAAAGAUUUACUCGAAUUUGCUUACAAGCCGAUAACCCUCACGAAUGCAAAGGAACGUGGAGCGAAAAACAGCCAUGUUGUAUACCAAGGUCAUGUCCGGAUCCUAACAAUUCUAACUUCAGAAAUGGAAGUAUAGAGGAAAAGGCCUAUUUCUACCCGGAAACAAUCUUCCUAAAUUGCAGUGAAGGUCACGAGAUCGUCGGCGCAAGAUCCUAUUUUCAGUGCAAUCAAAGUGGCCAGUGGCAUGAAAUAUCAAAACCCAGUGACGAGGCAGCACAACAAGCCAAUGAGAGAAUCAACUCAGAACGUGAGAAAGUAAAAUCCUGCAUAUGGACAAAGUCAAAUUCAAUCAAAACAAGGCACUUUCCCACCAACGUAAGACAAUUUCCUACUUGCCAACCUAAAAAUUGUAGGAAACCUGUUAUUGACAGUAACUGUACUCUGGUUUCAACGAGCUUCCAUUAUCCAAGCACAGUGAUGUUUGACCGUACCGAUGGAUACUGCGUUGUUGGUAGUACUAGCUCUCAAUGCAAUUCAGAAGGACUUUGGUCAAAUGCGUCACCAACCUGUGAACGUAUACAAUGUCCGUCUCUUGAAAGUAUAAGAAACGGCGGCUUUGCCCUGAAUAAAAACAACAUAUAUGUAGACACCAGAGCGCGCUACGUCUGCAACAGAGGCUACGAUAUCUUGAUGGAUGCAAAGAGGUCAUCUUACAUCCGCCAAUGUCGUCAACAUAAAGACAUGAAAAGAUGUGAAGGAUACUGGAGCGGAAGAAAACUGUGCUGCAUACCAAGAUCGUGUCCGAAUCCUAAGCCGUUUGUAAACGGAAUGGUCAUUGGAGAUCAUUUCUUUUACCCUGAAACAAUUUCAAUCAAUUGUAGUGAAGGGCAUAAAUUGACGGAAGAUGGGCCAGUUUAUAAAUGUGAUGAAACAGGGUCUUGGGUUCCUCUAUCUGGUCAAUUGGCAAAAAAGCAUAAACCCGUUAAUUUGCGUGCUGCGGCAGAACUGCAACUAGUCCAAACCUGUCUAAGAAAAAAGAGCAUUCAAACGGAAAAUUUAGAAAAGUCUGAACAAAAUUUCGCAAGAUGCGAACCGGUCGACUGCGGAAAGCCGAAAAAUCCUGUGGAUGGACAAUGUUCAGGAACUUACUACAAGUUUAAAGGAGUUGCAAGAUGUACAUGCAAUCUGGGAUACUGCAUAGUUGGACCAAACGAAACUCAAUGUAACUCAUCAGGACAAUGGUCGAAUAAGGCACCCAGAUGCAAAAGUAAAUAUGGUAUUAAGAUUGGUAUAUAA